AUGCUCACUAUGGCGGCCUCUUUGGCCGGGAAGGAGCUCGUGUUUGUCACGGGGAACGCCAAGAAGUUGGAGGAGGUCAUUCAGAUUCUAGGAGACAAAUUUCCAUGUACUUUGGUGGCAAAGAAAAUUGACCUGCCGGAGUACCAGGGAGAGCCUGAUGAGAUUUCCAUACAGAAGUGUAAGGAGGCAGCUCGCCAGGUACAGGGGCCUGUCCUGGUGGAGGAUACCUGUCUGUGCUUCAAUGCCCUUGGGGGCCUCCCUGGCCCCUACAUAAAGUGGUUUCUGGAGAAAUUAAAGCCUGAAGGUCUCCACCAGCUCCUGGCGGGGUUCGAGGACAAGUCGGCCUAUGCACUCUGUACAUUUGCCUUCAGCACUGGCAACGCAAGUGAGCCGGUUCGCCUCUUCCGGGGCCGGACCUCGGGCCGGAUUGUGGUACCUCGAGGCUGCCGGGACUUUGGUUGGGACCCCUGCUUUCAACCUGAUGGAUACGAGCAAACGUACGCAGAGAUGCCCAAAGCUGAGAAGAAUGCCAUCUCCCAUCGCUACCGAGCCCUGCGCGAGCUGCAGAAAUACUUUGGCGGCCUGACUUCUAAGAAUGAUGAUGAGCAUGCUCACCGGGAAUCUGGGGAGGGCUAG